AUGAGCGGUUUCGUCCCGACCAAGGUCCUCCCCAGCGGACACCGUAUCCCAGCCGUUGCGCUCGGCGUGUUACAGAGCAAGCCUGGCGCCGAGGUUUACAAUGCCGUGCUGGCUGCGCUCAAGCUUGGCUACAGGCACAUCGAUACUGCCGAUGCUUAUGAGAACGAAGUUGACGUCGGCAGGGCCGUCCAUGACUCAGGCAUCCCGCGCGAGGAAGUCUUCGCCACCACCAAGUUCUACGAUAUGUCGUGGGCCCCUUGGUCGACGACUACUGCGAAGCCGUGGAACUACCAGGAGGUCAUCGAUGCAGUGCAAGAAAGCAACAAGAAGCUUGGCCUCGGAUACAUUGACCUGUAUCUGCUGCACGCCCCGGCACUCGAGGACAUGCAGGCCAAGGGCGUCGUGCGCGACAUCGGAGUCUCCAACUUUGGCGAGCAGCACCUGACCAAGCUGGCGAAGACGUGGCGCGUCAAGCCCGCCGUGAACCAAGUCGAACUACAUCCGUGGCUCGCUCGCGCCGACACGGUCAAGUUCUGCCAGGACCAGAGCAUCGUCAUGGAAGCCUAUUCGCCUCUCUCGCGCGCUGAGAAGAUGAACGACCCCGCGCUACUGCAGAUCGCGAGCGAGCUGGACGCCACACCCGCGCAGGCGCUGGUCGCGUGGAGUCUCGCCAAGGGAUUCGUCCCGCUGCCCAAGUCGGUCACAGAGUCGCGGGCAAGAAAGACCUCUUUACGCUGCGUAUCUGGAGGUGGCUCAGAGUUUGGGCCUGCAUACGCACCUCGUCUCGAGGGUAGGGACUCAGACGCGACGUGGAUCGGGUGCACGCCUCACAUUGGCGGGGUGCAGAAGUACAGUUGCGGGAGUACGAGCGCUCAAGACUUGCAUCAUACGAAUCGCAUGCGCCACUGCAUCCUAUAG